AUGAUUUCCAAGGCGGCUACACAGAAGACGCGUCUGUGCAAGGGUAUACGUUUGAACAUUGUCUCACUUCCACCGCAGGAAUGGGUGUUUGCAGCGCAUCAGCACGGCACGCCCAUCCUUGGCACGUUAAUAUUUGAAUGGGCCGAAUCGCUGCCGGACCUGCGUACGCUCCUCGCAGGCCCCCAAGCACUGCAUACUCCUUUUGCACAUACCUUUUCGAAGCACUAUGCGGACAGGUUGGUUACUUUGGCAGAGCAGCGAGGCAUUCAAGGCUUUCUCAUCAAUGUAGAAGCGCCGCUCAAUUUGACGCCGACAAAAAACGCACUGCUGGAAGCCGUGUAUCGUACGCACAGCGCCGAACUGCUGCGCCAGUGGGUAGAAUAUUUUCGUAUGGAAGGAGAGCGUCGCAUUGGUGAUACAUGGCAGGUGGUGUGGUAUGAUUCCGUCAUUUACCCGGCGGGCCAACUCGCAUGGCAGGACGCGCUUACGCCUGCAAACGCGCCCUACUUUUCAGCGGCGCAUGCUAUAUUCACAAAUUACACUUGGUCGGAUCCAAAAAGAUUGAAUGUACAGGAGGGAUUCCAUCCCGCUCUUUUGCUGUCUGCUGCAAUGGCCGACUCGCUCUGCAGGGCCAGAAACAGUGUCUAUAUUGGCAUCGACGUAUUCGGACGUAACUGUCAUGGCUGUCUCGAUACGUACCGCUCGUUGGAUAUGAUCGGGCCACAAAAUAGUCGCGUAAUACCUCCUCCCGACCAGGAAGCCGACCUUGCCGACGAUGGUGCUGCUCUGGGGCUCAGCGUUGCGUUAUUCGCACCGGGAUGGACAUGGGAGCACAAGGAACAAACGUGGGAAAAAUGGUGGGAAACGGACCUACAUUUUUGGGCGUCUGGACCGCACGCCGUUGCUCGCUACUUCUCGCCGCGGCAUAUUCCUUUCCACCGCGCAUUCCGUACCAACUUUGGCCGCGGCGCUGGGCGGAAUUGUCCUAUCGAGAUUACACCGUCGUUUCUGCCCACGGAGUGUGCUGUUGUGUGCACAACUUUGCCCAACGCAUGGGUCGCAUACGAAACAAGUCCAGUCGCUGUGCAAAUCGUCCUGGGGCAGCUCGACGUGUACGUCCCUCACGAUCAUGAAGUGCACGAAGCAUCACUGGACGGUAACAUGGCACAAUGGCCUGAUUUUGCACCAUACGCGGGGUACGAAAUCUUCCUGCUCGACAAGGAGCCUGUAUGGCUCGGCACUUGCAGUGCGCCGUGUGCACACGUGCCAGAUACGGAAAGCAUGUACGAAAUUCGCUCCAUUGGCGCGCUACCAGGCGACUCCGUCGCGUAUCUUCCGUGA